AUGCAGCAAGUAAUUGAUUCUGUCAAGUCGGCCAUUGGUGCCACCAAACUGCCAACAGGCCAGUUGGGCAAGAACGGACCCUUUGUCACUAGAAUGGGUUACGGAGCUAUGGGUUUGUCGGCCUUCUACGGCAAGCCCAAGCCUGAUGAGGAGCGAUUCGCAGUCCUGGACAAGCUGUACGAAGAGGGAGAGCUCUUCUGGGACACAGCAGACAUGUAUAUGGACAACGAGGACCUGAUCGGAAACUGGUUCAAGAACAACCCUGGCAAGCGCGAGCAGAUCUUCCUUGCAACCAAGUUUGCCAACCUGCGUGACGAGCAGGGUAACCCCAUCGUUGACUCAUCGCCUGAAUACUGCAAGAAGGCCUGCGACAAGUCUCUCUCUCGUCUCGGAGUCAAGAACAUCGAUCUCUACUACGCGCAUCGCCUUGAUGGCAAGACACCAGUAGAGAAGACCGUUCAGGCAAUGAAGGAGCUCAAGGAGGCUGGCAAGAUCAAGUACCUCGGUCUCUCAGAAGUCAGCAGUGAGAGUUUGCGCCGUGCCUACGCCGUCCACCCUAUCACCGCGGUCCAGAUCGAGUACUCUCCCUUCUCUCUCGACAUUGAGAGCGAGCAGAUUGGCCUCCUCAAGACAUGCCGCGAGCUGGGCGUUGCUGUUGUUGCAUACUCCCCCAUCGGCCGUGGAAUGCUCGGUGGCAGCAUCAGAUCUCCCGAUGACUUUGAGGAGGGCGACUUCCGUCGUUUCGCCCCUCGUUUCAGCGCCGAGAACUUCCCCAAGAAUCUCAAGCUCGUCGACCAGAUCACCGAGAUUGCUAAGAAGAAGGGUCUCACUGCUUCUCAAAUUACCCUGGCCUGGUUGAUGGCUCAGGGUGACGACAUCUUCCCCAUCCCCGGAACCACCAAUCUCAGCCGUGUCGAUGAGAACCUCGGAGCUCUGAAGGUCAAGCUUACUGAAGAGGAGAAGAAUGAGAUCCGCAAGGCUUGCGAAGAGGCGGAAGUUGCUGGUAGCAGAUACCCGGAGGCUUUCUCCAAGGCCUUGUUCGCAGACACCCCUGCUCUUUAA